CCUGAUCAUCCUCAUUCUCAUGAGAAGGAAUCAAGUCAACGAAUGAGUGAUCUGACCAGCUGGGCACGGAAGUGAUGAAUCCGAGAAGCUGACCCCACAGCCACCCACCACCACCACCACCUCCGCGUCGGCCCGUGAAGCCAUACCUGCUGUACCCGUGGCCGUGGAGCCGUUGUCCCAACAUUUGUUCCGGUGUCAUGCCCAGGUUAAGAGUGAUGACACGUGGGUCAAAUUGGAAGUGAAGCGACUACGUGGUUCGUGUGUUCCUCAAUCGUGGCUGAUUAAUUCAUCAUGAUCGAAAUCACGGAUUUCCAGAGCUAAUAAGGAUGCCACCCACAUUCCGCUCAUGCGCCCGACCCGCGGUCCCCGUCCCACCUGGACCAUGUUUCGAGCCCGCCCUAACACGCCCCGCCAGCCCGAUGUGUGGAUCCUUCUGGCCCUGUGCUUGGCUGUGAGUCUACCCGCCCUCUUUCAAGCCGGUUGGGGCUCCGGCAUGAACCGCUCGCUGAGUCGGACCUGGAUCCAAAAGAUCCGAUAUGACGAAUUCCUCGCCCAAGGCGACAAAUCUGCGUGGUACCGCGUGGAUUUGGAUUCCAUCACGGAUCCCACUUUGACGGCCAAAUUCGUUCAAUCCCAUUGCGACGCCGAAAGCCAAGCCUUCAUCAGCCAGAGCGUGGACAAGUCCAAUUGGCUCCUCAACCAAAUCUGGCAGAGCUUGGCCAAACGCUUCUUAUCGUUCUUCUACUCGCAAACUGAUAUCAACGGCAUGUUGGAGCGUGGUUCCAUGUUCGUUUUAUCCCGGGACCAGUGGUUCAGUCUGACCCAAUGGGACCCUACCGUUCAAAAGAGCACUCUCAUUGAUUUGGGCGCGGGUGAUGGUGGACCCACCCGCACCCUGGCGCCGCAUUUUCAGACCGUCUAUGCCACGGAAGCGUCGCCUGCCAUGAGGAAACUCCUCAGCCGCCAAGGUUUUGAAGUAUUGCCCAUUGACGAAUGGUCGCAGGAUCGCCGUUAUGACGUGGUGGCCUGUUUAAACCUGUUGGAUCGUUGUGAUGAGCCCUUGACCGUGUUGGAACAGAUCAAGGGUAGUUUGGAGCCCGAUGGUUUGGUAGCUUUGGCUGUGGUGUUGCCUUUCAAGCCGUAUGUCGAAUUUGCCGCUGAUCACACGCCCAAACAAAAGAUCCCUUUCGCCUCCCGGACUUUUGAAGGCCAGGUUCAAGAACUGCAAAAGAUCUUGAAUCAACUGGGCUUCGAGAUCGUCCGGUGGACGAAAGUUCCGUAUUUAUGCGAGGGUGAUCUCAGCUCUUCUGUGUAUAACUUGAACGAUGCCGUUUUCAUACUAAAAGUUGGGGACUCCGUACUGAAUUGUGAUGUGACUGAUCAAUAAAUCUACCCUAAAAUCCUUCAA